UGCGCUGCUAUAAAUAGCGGCAAGAGCGGCCUGGAUUUGAGGAGUCCACCCACAGAAACUGAAACCCUCUUCUCCCCACAGUUUCGCAGCAGCCGCUCCAUCCUUUCAACUUCUCUCUUCCUCGAUCGACCUUUGCAUGGCAGCAGUGGCUAACUCCAAGGGGCGGGCGAUCGCUGGAAACUUCGUCGCGCGCAUCCUGGCCGGCAAGGCCGCCUCCCCGAGGGCCGUGCACGCGUCGGCGUACGACAAGAACGUGGAGGAGCAGGUGCGGCCGGCCUUCGUGCCGGACGAUGUGAUCGGCGGUGCCGCCGGGAGCCCUGACAAGUACUGGGGCCCUCACCCGACCACCGGCGUCUUCGGCCCAGCUGCCGUGGACCCGAAACUCGCCGCCGCUGCGGGCGCGCCGGCGACCGCCGCGAAUGGUGGCGGCGGCUCCGUGCUGGACCAGAAGGUGUGGUUCCGCCCGCUCGAGGACGUCGAGAAGCCCCCCGUCGCCUGAUCGACGCUACCAGGACGAGAGCCUAGCUCUACUAAUAACUCUCUAUCACUCAACUUAGCUGGGAUCCUCCUCUAUUAUAACUAGUGGACUGGAUCGAGUGCUGCUUAUCUGUAGUGUGCUUCUGCUUGAGUACAGACAUGGCGGGCACCGGAACUAGUAGUAAUGUGGUGCUACUGCCUAGAAUAAGAACAAGCAGAAGAUGUGUGUUGUUGGUUGUGAUGUACUCCCGUCCCAAACCAGUACUAAUAUAUUGCAAGUGUUUGGUAA